UAAUCAAGCUCCACUCAGAGCUGAUAGCUGUGCACACACCGCAUCCUCUGCCCACCAACUUGCGUCCCCAGGGGUCGAGGGCCGGGAGGUGCAGUAGCGCCCGCGGGCAGCGCAAGGCAGCAGGGACAUCAGGCAGGGAGGCAGGAAAGCCACCUCUGUCCGGCUUUCUCCUUGAGCUCAGGACUCAGCAGGGAGCCUUGCCUUCCUAUAAGGUCACCCCGCAGGCUUUUUUCUCUUUUCUUUCAACCGACAGACACCCUUCAGAUCCUGGUUGAUUUUCAGAGAGACACAGGAGAGCUUUGGAGUUAAAAGAUGGAUCAUAAUAAGUUUUCUGAAUUUUAAGGAAAAUCAAGGCCAAGAUUUCCACAUCUACCAUUCCUGCAAACCCACCGGGCACACAGAAAAGGAGCCGUUCUUUGGUGCCCACAGAGCAGCUUCCUUCUCUAACGCACCCGGCACUUGGCAGAAGGGAAAACAAAGACCAUCCCUCGCGUGGCCCCUUAGCGCCCCCGCCCUGGUGUGACCAGCCGGCGAGUGCUGCUGGGGGCGCAGGUUCGGCCACCCGGGCAGGGCGGCGACAAGUUCCCGGGCUUUGCCGGCGCGCCCCGGCCUGGGUCCCCUCCCCCGGAGCCCCCUCCCCAGCCGACCGCGGCCCGAGCAUGCGCCGUGCGCCGCGGGAGGCAGGCGGGCGGGCGGGAGCAGCGCGCAUCACUCGGGUCCCCUUCCUGCACCGCGCCGCCAGUUGCCGGUUGCUAAGCAGUUAUCAUUGUUUCUGUGGCGAUUGCAGAGGCUGUUGCUAAUUGGAGAAGACCCACUAAGCCGCAGCAUCUUUCCUCUUCGGCUCCGCUCUCUGCUCUUGGCACUUAAAGAGAGAACUGGGCUGGUCUCCCCACUAUCCCUCCCCCACCCUCCCCAAAAUAGCCGUGUGAUUUCGGAAGUAUGGACUAAAUCACAGUCCUCCCCGCCGACUGGACUCCCGUUGCUCUAAACUCACCGUCGGAUCGCACCUGCCCCUGUGCGCCCUGGACAGAGAUCAUGACUACGGCCAAGGAGCCGAAUGCUUCAGGGAAAUCCGUGCAACAGCAGGAACAGGAGCUGGUGGGGAGCAAUCCUCCACAAAGAAACUGGAAAGGAAUAGCGAUCGCACUGCUUGUGAUUCUGGUCAUCUGCUCCCUGAUCGUCACCUCGGUCAUACUGCUGACACCAGCGGAAGAUAACAGUCUGUCUCAGAAGAAGAAGGUCACUGUGGAAGACCUCUUCAGUGAGGAUUUCAAAGUUCACGACCCCGAGGCUAAGUGGAUAAGCGAUAAAGAAUUCAUCUACAGAGAACAGAAAGGAAAUGUGAUACUGCAGAACGUUGAAACAAAUAUUUCUACGGUGUUAAUAGAAGGCAAAAAAAUUGAAUCAUUAAGAGCCGUCAGAUAUGAAAUAUCUCCAGAUAAAGAGUAUGCUCUUUUUUCCUAUAACGUGGAACCAAUAUAUCAACACUCCUAUACUGGAUAUUAUGUCCUGAGCAAAAUUCCUCAUGGGGAUCCUCAAAGUCUAGAUCCACCAGAAGUCAGCAAUGCAAAACUUCAGUAUGCAGGAUGGGGCCCCACGGGCCAACAGCUGAUCUUUAUCUUCGAGAACAACAUCUACUACUGCGCCCACGUUGGGAAGCAGGCCAUCCGCGUGGUCUCCACUGGGAAGGAAGGUGUGAUUUACAACGGCCUUAGCGACUGGCUGUACGAAGAGGAGAUUUUGAAGACCCACAUCGCCCACUGGUGGUCUCCGGAUGGCACAAGGCUCGCCUAUGCCACCAUCAAUGACUCCCGUGUGCCCAUCAUGGAGCUCCCGACCUACACGGGCUCCAUCUACCCCACGGUGAAGCCCUACCACUACCCCAAGGCCGGAUGUGAAAACCCCAGUAUUUCCCUCCACGUCAUUGGCUUAAAUGGACCCACCCAUGAUCUGGAGAUGAUGCCACCCGAUGAUCCACGAAUGAGGGAGUACUACAUCACAAUGGUGAAAUGGGCCACCAGCACCAAGGUCGCCGUGAACUGGCUGAGCAGGGCGCAGAACGUGUCCAUCCUCACUCUCUGCGACGCCACCACUGGGGUCUGCACAAAGAAACACGAGGAUGAAAGUGAAGCCUGGCUCCACAGACAGAAUGAAGAACCGGUGUUCUCCAAGGAUGGCCGAAAGUUUUUCUUCGUCAGAGCCAUCCCGCAGGGAGGACAAGGAAAAUUUUAUCACAUCACCGUGUCUUCGUCCCAGCCCAACAGCAGCAAUGACAACAUACAGUCCAUCACCUCCGGGGACUGGGACGUGACCAAGAUCCUGUCCUACGACGAGAAGCGGAAUAAGAUCUACUUCCUCAGCACGGAAGACCUGCCGAGGAGACGCCAGCUCUACAGCGCCAACACCGUGGGCAACUUCAACAGGCAGUGCCUGUCCUGCGACCUGGUGGACAACUGCACCUACUUCAGUGCCUCCUUCAGCCGUAGCACGGACUUCUUCCUGCUCAAGUGCGAAGGUCCUGGAGUCCCCACGGUGACCGUGCACAACACAACGGAUAAGACAAAAAUUUUUGACCUAGAAACAAACGAACACGUACAGAAGGCCGUAAACGACCGACAGAUGCCUAAAGUGGAGUACAGGAAAAUCCAGAUUGACGAUUAUAACUUGCCCAUUCAGAUCCUCAAGCCCGCCACCUUCACCGACACUGCCCACUACCCCUUGCUCCUGGUGGUGGAUGGCACCCCGGGGAGCCAGAGCGUGGCUGAGAAGUUUGAGGUGACCUGGGAAACGGUGAUGGUGAGCAGCCACGGAGCCGUGGUGGUGAAGUGUGACGGCCGAGGCAGCGGCUUCCAAGGAACCAAGCUCCUGCACGAAGUGAGGAGAAGGCUGGGCUCCCUGGAGGAGAAGGACCAGAUGGAGGCUGUGCGGACGAUGCUGAAAGAGCAGUACGUUGACAAAACGCGUGUGGCUGUGUUUGGGAAGGAUUAUGGUGGGUACCUGAGCACUUACCUCCUCCCGGCGAAGGCUGAAAACCAAGGUCAGAUUUUCGCCUGUGGCUCUGCCCUCUCUCCAAUAACAGACUUCAAGCUCUACGCAUCUGCAUUUUCCGAGAGGUACUUGGGCCUCCAUGGACUUGACAACAGAGCGUAUGAGAUGACCAAGGUGGCCCACCGAGUGUCAGCGCUGGAGGAACAGCAGUUUCUGAUCAUUCACGCAACCGCCGAUGAAAAAAUCCAUUUCCAGCACACCGCAGAACUCAUCACACAGCUAAUUAAGGGAAAGGCUAAUUACAGCUUACAGAUUUACCCAGACGAAAGCCAUUACUUUAGCAGCACCUCCCUCAAACAGCACCUCUACCGCUCCAUCAUCAACUUCUUCGUGGAAUGCUUCAGGAUCCAGGACAAACUCCCGACAGCCACAGCGAAAGAGGAGGAGGAGGAGGACUGACCACGAGCCGGCCCUAAGCACAACGUAGCUCUUCCUAGAACGGUGUACCACUGGGAACCCCUGCCUCCCUCUCCCGCAGAGGGCUGGGGUGGGGGCACGAAGUGUUAUCAUUCCAUAGCAUGUGUGUCUCGGGUCCUGAAGGCAGUUCUGCUUCCAAAACAAGCUCCUUCCCGGGUGGAGAUGUGUCGUCGCUCACGAGGGCUUCCGCGGAGCCUGGAACCAUCGCAGCAUCGCCGCCCCCUGGCCCCAGAGUGACUAGUGCAUCCCACGGCCCCUCCCCAAGGAACAGCGUGAAGGAAGGAUGGCAGUGAAGAAACUGGCCCUUAAAUUGAAGCUGUUGAGCAGUAGCAUUAAGACCCACCCUCUGGUAGAGGGCCACGUCCACAUUAGCAGCAUCGCAUCCUGUCUGAUAUAACCACGCCAUGGAACAACUAUAGCACAAUUAUUUUAACAGUACUUGUUCAUAGAUCGGCUUGCUCCUUUCUGUAAUUAGGAGAUUCCACAUUUAAGGGGCUGUACAAAAUGUUACUGUAACUCUGCUAAUGGUUAACCUUAUGGAAUUAAUUCGUAUUUUUCUAUGGUUUUUACCUGACACUGUCUCUGGUCAUGGGGUUGUUUGCUGUGCUGUUUUUUCCUUUGUUUUGCUUUGUUUUCUUCAGUCAAUGUGCAGGCUUUGCUCUUGUUUGAAUGAAGAAACAGAUCAGAAGUAACUAACCGCUCUCUCCUCAAGGUGGUCUUCAGACUCUGCGGAGACAAUUCAAAACACUGAGGGGAAAAAACAUCCAAUACGAUUCACUAAAAAAAAAAUCCUAAAUAAAACCUCUCUCCCACCCAGCUGCAUCAGGGUUUGGCUUAGAUUCGCAUUGUCCGUUUACAUAUGUCCUUCAACCCAUCCUCUUCCUCCUUGAUGAGUUGUCAAGUCUUUCAGAUGAUGUUUGGUUACAAAACAUAAAAAGACAAAGCGUUGACUCCACCCCCAGGUCUGUCACACGUGCUUGGGUGACAGGAAGCCUUGAGGAAAGUGUGGGCAUGUGCUGGUGUCGCCUCCCGUCCUGGCGAUGGCUCGGUGCCCUCCCUGCCACGUGCAGGUGGCCACGUCAAUGCUCCACACUAGCCUGUAAGAGUCCCUCUGACUGAAUGUGCAGCAGCGUCCCUAGUGUCUAUUUCCUUCUGUUGUAUGUAAGGACAGGAAUGUGAGUCAGGAACGGUGCCGCUGUCCCUGCCCACCACCCCCCCCCCCCCGUUCCAUUUGCAUGCCGACACUCUGGCUGAUCUGUGCUCUCGGGCAGUGCUAGUUCGAAAUAUAUCGAUUACCAUCUUUUCCUCUGGAGCUUGUUGACAACCUGAAUGUCGGUACUGAUUUCUCCAGCUUCCGGUCCUGCUGGGGGCUCCUUGACGUCUUGUCAGCAGAGAAAAUACGUCCGUGUCUCUUUUUGGGAUUUGGGGGUUUUGGUUUCAUCCACACGAGUUUUGAACGUCCGUUGUAGUUAGUUUGCUCAGAAGAUCUCCAUCACAGGAUUUCUUUAGGGUGAUCCGUCCCCGUUGGUGAGAAGGAUCAACAUGCUGACCCACAGGACCACUCUGAAUGCUACAUGAUCAUGCUUCUGCUAUUUCAGUGGCCUUGACUGACUGCAAAGCCAACUAGGUCUGAGGGGAAGCCAGCUCUGGCCACAGUCUGUAGGAGGGAAGUGAGAAUGUGGCAUGGUAGUGUUUGUUCAUCCAUGGAAUAAAACAUUAUUUUACCACUCGGA